GCUCCUUCCUCCUCUCUUCUGCUGUCUGUCCCCUUGUUGGGUCAACAUGAGUCGACAGUUUAGUUCCAGAUCUGGCUAUCGGAGUGGUGGUGGUGGUGGCUUCAGCUCAGGCUCUGCUGGGGUCUCCUACAGUCGCAGGGUGACAAGCAGCUCCACCAUUCGCAGGAGUGGAGGAGGUGGGGGCAUAUUUUCAGGUGGAAGCUAUAGAGCUGGUGGUGGUGGUUUUGGAAGCCAAAGUCUGAUUAACUUAGGUGGCUCCAAGAGAAUCUGUCAGAGUGUUGCUGGUGGCAGUUAUGGAAGAGGUGGUUUUGGUGGCGGCGGCUACGGUGGUGGAGGAUUUGGUGGCAGCAGCUAUGGUGGUGGUGGUUUCAGUGGCCGCAGCUAUGGUGGUGGUGGUUUCGGUGGCGGCGGCUAUGGUGGUGGUGGUUUUGGCGGUGGUGGCUUUGGCGGUGGUGGCUAUGGCGGUGGUGGCUUUGGUGGUGGGGGCUUAGGUGGGGGCUUUGGAAGUCCAGGGGGUGGUUUUGGUGGAGGAAGCUUUGGGAAUGUCUGUCCCCCUGGAGGCAUCCAGGAGGUGACCAUCAACCAGGGUCUCCUGCAGCCACUCAAUGUGGAGAUUGACCCUGAGAUUCAAAAAGUGAAGACCAGAGAGAGGGAACAGAUAAAUCUCAACAACAAAUUUGCCACCUUCAUUGACAAAGUGCGGUUCCUGGAGCAGCAGAACCAGGUGCUGCAGACCAAAUGGGAGCUGCUGCAGCAGGUGGACACUUCAACUCGAACCCAGAACCUGGAGCCCCUCUUUGAGGCCUAUAUAUCUAGACUCAGGCAGAACCUGGAUAAACUGAAGAAUGACCGUUCACGGAUGGAGUCGGAAUUGAAGAACAUGCAAGACAUGGUGGAGGACUUCAAGGGAAAAUACGAAGAUGAAAUCAAUAAACGUACUGAUGCAGAGAAUGAAUUUGUGACCAUCAAGAAGGAUGUGGACAAUGCAUACAUGAAUAAGGUUGACCUUCAGGGCAAGGUGGAUCUUUUGACGGAUGACAUCAACUUCUACAGGGUCCUGUAUGACACAGAGCUAUCCCAGAUGCAGACUCAAAUCAGCAACACCAAUGUCAUCCUCUCCAUGGAUAACAACAGGAACCUGGACCUGAGUAGCAUCAUUGAUGAGAUCAAGAGUCACUAUGAUGAGGUUGCUGAGAGGAGCAAAGCUGAGGCCGAGUCCAUGUACCAGCACAAAUAUGAAGAGCUCCAGAUCACUGCUGGGAGACACGGAGACCAACUGAAAAACACAAAAAGUGAGAUUUCUGAGAUGAACCGAAUGAUUCAGAGACUCAAUUCUGAAAUUGAUUCAGUGAAGAAGCAGAUUGCCAGGCUUCAGCAAGCCAUUGCUGAUGCAGAGCAGCGUGGGGAGAAUGCCCUGAAAGAUGCCCAGAACAAACUGGCAGACCUGGAGGAUGCACUGCAGAAGGCCAAGGAGGACUUGACCCGGCUGUUGCGGGACUACCAGGAGUUGUAUAAUGUGAAGCUGACCUUGGAUGCUGAGAUUGCCACCUAUAGGAAGCUGCUGGAGGGAGAGGAGAGCAGGGUAUCUGGAGAGUGUGUUCCAAACGUGAGUGUGUCUGUGAGCACCAGCCAUGUGUCUGUGUCUGGUGGUGGAGGAGGAAGGUUUGGAGGUGGUGGUAGCUAUGGCUCCGGAGGUGGAGGUGGAGGCGGCAGCUAUGGCUCCAGCUCUGGAGGAGGUGGCUACGGUUCCAGCUCUGGAGGCGGCGGCUAUGGCUCCAGCUCUGGAGGCGGCGGCUAUGGUUCCAGCUCUGGAGGAGGCAGAUAUGGCUCUGGAGGAGGUGGCUAUGGUUCCUCAGGAGGCCGGGGCUCCAGCUCCGGAGGAGGCAGCUACGGUUCUUCAGGAGGCCGGGGCUCCAGCUCUGGAGGAGGAGGCUAUGGUUCCUCAGGAGGCCGGGGCUCCAGCUCUGGAGGAGGAGGAGGAGGAGGAGGCAGCAGCUCUGGUGGUGGCUCUGGGAGUGUCAAGGGCUCUAGUGGCAGCUCUAGUGUGAAGUUCACUUCUACCAGUUAUUCUACAGUCACCAAUUAAAGUCAGAGCUCCCUGUUAGCCAUCUCUUAGAUCAAUGUCUUUGUUCACUCUCAGUCAAUUCUUGAUGUCAAAACCUUCAACUUUUCUUGAGGAAAAUAAAAUGUGAUGGCCUCCAGCAGUUCAUCUUCUUUUCCUAACCCGACCCCCCCCCCAAUUCCUUUCACUGACCUUAAUUCCUAGAGCUUUUUGUAAGUUAUCCAACCAAUGGGCACCUCAACCCCAUGGCUUCCACUGCUCUUACUCUCUGUGGGUGCAUAGGGAGGGUCACUGAUGAUUCUCGCCUUUUAGAGCAAUGAUCUUCCCCAUCUUUCCCAUUUGCUAGCUAUUGUCUAUCCAGGCCUUCAUCAUUUGGCUUGCCCUCUUCCUGUGUCUCAAAUGGUGAAACCAGGUCUUGACAUGAAUGAACCCUUCCCUUGGUCAAUCAUGAAGUUGUAGCCUGAGAAAUCCACCCAUCAUCACUGCCCACUCUACAUUUCAAAAGUUUCUCCCCCAGCCAAGUAGAAGGAGAGCCAUUUCAAUCUAGCACUCGUUGGGAGUGUGUCUCCAUACCGCAGUAACAAAUUCUGGGUUGGUUUUUUUUCUUGUUUUUUGUUUUUGUAUAAGGUGUA